AUGGUGAAAGCACUGUGUCUCGGUGCCAAGGCUGUCGGAUUCGGUCGCGCAGCUCUCUGGGGCCCGUCAGCUGGAGGCGUGCAGGGCGUCGAAGGAGUCCUUCAAAUUUUGUCCGAUGAGAUAAAGAUUUGCAUGUGUCUUCUGAGAGCCAGGGCCUUUGAUGAGCUGGGUCUUAAACAUGUGAAUACAAGCACAGUCGAGCGCCAGAUGUACAAUGAGCCUCCAGGUCUAGAAGUGGAGGGUUCUGGAUCCAAGGGACAGCUUAUUGGUUCCGGCUACGGUUCUCGAUCUAAUUUUAGCAUCCCGUUCAAUCAGAGCAUUGCGUUCUUUGUUCAUGUGGACCAGUCAACUAGGCUAUCAAGAGAUAGACCCCAGAUAUCAUGA